UAACCUCGCUUAGUUCUCCUAACCUCGAAAUCUGUAUCAAAAAACCCCAAACAAAAAUAAUUUUUUUCUGAUAAAAUGAAACUAGGAGCAAUUUUAUUCAAACAACACAUAGGGAAACAUUUCAAAAAGCAUUGGCUUGUACAGGGUAAAAAGAAAAUUCUGAAGACCAAUGCAGAACAAGUGCUCACGAAAAGUGGAAUUACAAUUGUGAAACCCGAAGAUGUUCUGGAAAAAACGAAAAUUGAGAAAGUGGAAGUUGUUGGUAUGAGACCGUUACGAAUAAAAGAGGAUGAAUCACAUCCCAAUUGGCAUGACAAGGUUCUCUAUACUUACAAAGAUGAUAAUGUACUGCUCGAAGGCUUACAUCAAGCGCAAAUUCUUACAAAAAGUGUUAGGAUAGCAGAAGGGCUUCCGACAAAAUACGUAACCAAUUCGCUCACGAAAGAAAUCAAUAGUAAAGUAAGAAAUAUAAUUUUGAGUGCUCAUGUCUUCGAUGCCGAACAACAAAAGUUACCAAAAAUAAAAGAUCCUUCAAGACCAGCCUGGAAUUUUCCGAGAGAAUAUGGUAUUACACAUGAGAGAAGAAACAAAUUGAUGACUUCCAAAUUACUAAACCUGUUGGAAACUCGCGAAGAACAUGAUAUCGUUAGAAAUCGUUUCUUAUUGAACGAUAUGUAUUUCUCAUUUCCUUUCACUAAGGAUGACAAUUUGAUACAGUUUCAAAUUACCGGGGAUACUUUGUUAGUUUCGCAGAAACCAUUACCUCCUGUGACUGACGAAUCGACUGAAGAGUACCAAUUACCAAAUCUACAUCCAAUUCAUUUCACAGCAUCGUUAAAUGAGGAGAAUAUAUACGAAUUAGAAAAUAUUUACCCUCUUAGGAAAGGAAUAAAACCUCUCCAUCCACAUACAUUAUUUAUCCAUCAUGAUAGGACGAUGGUCAAGAAUUUGUUCGAGGAGGAAGUUGCAGAUAACCAGAUUCAUGGUCGUUCUUUGUUGAAGACUUUCACAGUAGCUGCGUCAUACGCGAAACAACAGUUUGGAGAUGAUGUCGGAGAUUUACCAUCACCGGUAACUGUACAGAGUGUACAAACUGAUGGUCGAUUGUUUCAAUUUGGUGUUUUACAAAUGAACACUCUGAAUUUAGAAGAUGGUGAAAAGAAAAAUAUUUGGUACCAAACGGAACAGUUGCCCUUGUUCCAGGUUUGCAAGUAUGACGCAGGAAAACCUGUCUUGAAGGGGUAUAACGAUGAAGUGGUUAAAAAUUUGAUAAGUUUUUAUAACCAGUGUUGAUAGAUUGUGCGAUUAAAUAUGUACAGUAAUUAAGAAUUUUU